AUGUUACACCACCACUACAAUCAUCACCAGCUACAGCGACCGCGACGCCGCUGUGAAGGCACUGCUAUGGGUGCGAUCGUUCUCGAUCUUCGCCCUGGUAACGGCAUCGGCCCUUUCUCUCUAGGGAUGCCAAUAUGCGAAGCAUUUGCUCAGAUUGAACAACAACCUAGCAUAUACGACGUCGUCCAUGUGAAGUUCUUCGAUGAGGAGCCAUUAAAGCUUGAUAUUGUUAUUAGCUUUCCUGACCAUGGGUUUCAUCUUCGAUUCGAUCCGUGGUCGCAAAGGUUACGAUUGAUUGAGAUUUUUGACGUGAAACGACUUCAAAUGCGCUACGCUACUUCUCUUAUUGGGGGACCGUCAAAUCUAGCUACUUUUGUUGCUGUAUAUGAUCUUUUUGGACCAACAUUUCCUGGGAUUUACGACAAAGAUAGAGGCUUGUACACUCUGUUUUAUCCUGGUUUGUCAUUUGCUUUUCCAAUUCCCAGCCAGUAUACAGAUUGCUGUCAUGAUAGAGAAGCGGAACUGCCACUGGAGUUUCCGGAUGGCACUACGCCAGUUACAUGCCGAGUCUCUAUAUAUGAUGGUUCUGCAGACAAGAAAGUGGGCGUUGGAUCUUUAAUGCACAAGGCUUCUGUUCCUCCAUUACUUCCCGGUAACCUGUAUAUGGAAGAGGUGCAUGUCAAGCUUGGGGAAGAAUUAUAUUUCUCUGUUGGAGGACAGCAUAUUCUUUUUGGUGCAUCACCACAGGAUGUAUGGACAGAACUAGGUCGUCCAUGUGGAAUUCAUCAAAAGCAGGUAGACCAAAUGGUCAUUCACUCUGCUUCUGAUCCUCGCCCUAGGACAACUAUUUGUGGAGAUUACUUCUACAAUUACUUUACUCGUGGUCUGGAUAUCUUAUUUGAUGGACAGACUCAUAGAAUCAAAAAGUUUGUUUUGCACACAAACUAUCCUGGUCAUGCAGAUUUUAAUUCCUACAUAAAGUGCAAUUUUGUCAUCCAAGGUUCUGACUUAGAUAACUCCAAACAGAGUAUUACACCAAGCACAAAAUGGGACCAGGUGAAGGAGAUCCUUGGGGAUUGUGGUCGAGCAGCUAUUCAAACACAGGGUUCUACAAGCAAUCCUUUUGGAUCCACUUUUGUAUAUGGUUAUCAGAACAUUGCCUUUGAGGUGAUGAAGAAUGGUUACAUUGCAACUGUAACUCUCUUCCAAUCAUGA